AUGAAGCUACGCAUCCCUAGGCCUCGUUUACGGGUCUCGCAGGGUGAAUCUGCAUUUGCCGCAGGCAAUGCACGGUGGACAAACCAUGAUCUCGACCCGAUUGCCAAAAAUGCGCGCAGAUGGGGCGUCCUCAGUAUAAUAGAGCAAUCAGCAUAUUGGAUCUCCGAUGCCUUGCAAGCAGCGACCUGGCAAUUCGCCAGCGGUAUGAUUGCUGUCGGCCUCACGUAUCGCGAAGCCCUAGGUAUCGUCGCCUUAUCCUUCUUCAUCAUAUCAUUGGUCAUUUCAGCAAACGGUGCGGUGGGCGCCAUAUACCAUGUACCAUUCCCUGUGAUUGCUCGUGCUAGCUGGGGAUUCUGGGGCUCAUAUAUCGCCAUUAUUUCACGAGUCAUCCUUGCUGUCUUCUGGUUCGCCAUCCAGAAUGUCAACGGCGGAAAUGCCGUCCGUGUCAUGCUGGGAGCAAUCUGGCCGAGCUAUUUGGAUAUUCCAAACCAUAUCCCCGAGUCACAGGGCAUUACCACCAACGGUAUGGUCGGACUUUUGCUCUUCUGGUUACUCCAGGUUCCAUUCCUCUGCAUGCACCCAAACAAGCUACGCUGGCUGUUUACGGUCAAAUCAAUCCUGGUCCCUAUUUCCUGGCUCGCUAUCUUAGUAUGGGCAUUUGUCACCGUGAAAGGCGGCGGCGGCGUAUUCGACCAACAAGCUCCAACAGUCUCCGGAUCCAAAUACAGCUGGCUAUUCUUAGCCAAUAUGACAUCGGUAAUGGGCAACUAUUGCACUAUGUCAGUAUCCCAAUCCGACGUCUCUCGCUACUCUCGUGUCAGCGCAAAAUGGCAGAUUCUUUAUAUCCCCAUGUUACCUGCUGUAUUCACCUUCUUCUCUUUCAUCGGUAUUGCCGCUUCGUCCGCCGGCCAGAUCCACUAUAACCUCGAGUCCAUCCCAUGGGACCCAAUGGUCCUAAUCAGCUACUGGCCCAACCGCGUGUGUCGCUUUUUCGGCGCCGCGUCCUUCGUACUAGCCGCCCUGGGCGUGAACAUCUCAGCCAAUUCCCUCUCAGCAGCUAACGAUUUCAACGCACUAGCACCACGCUACAUCAACCUCCGACGCGGUCAGCUCCUAUGUGCCGUGUUGUCCUGGUGUCUUGUUCCAUGGAAAAUCCUCGCAUCAGCAGGAAACUUCCUUAAUUUCAUGUCUGCGUACGCCGUCUUCCUUGGUCCAAUUGCUGCGAUCAUGAUGUUUGACUUCUGGGUUGUCAAUCGUCGUCGAUAUGACAGUCUCGCUCUAUACCAGCCGAAUAACCCGACAUAUCGGUAUACAUUCUCCAUCCCGGGCUUUGCGAAGACUAUUUCUGGUACGAACUGGCGCGCUGUGGUGGCGUUUGUUGUUGGUGUUGCGCCGUGUAUUCCCGGAUUGAUAAAGUCUGUGAACUCUCAUAUCGAUGUUGGCGUCGGUAUGCACCCAUUUGAGUUUGGGUGGUUAUUGGGCUUUGUUGCGACUUCUAUUGUCUAUUUGUUGUUAUCGUGGCUGUUUCCUGCGAAGGAGACGCAGGUUGACCGCGCUAUUCUACCUGAUGAGAUAUACGAUGCUGGAACGGUGGAUGGACUGGAAUCAGAUGAUCCAGAUAGGAAGGGUGUGGUUACUGAUACACAGGAGAAAGAUAUGGAUGUGGAAAAGGCUGUUUAG